AUGAUAACAGCGAAAUACCUUUCCCCUCUUUUGCAUGCAGGUCUCAAGGAUAAGAAUAUGCCUGCGGAUUUCCUGUACGAGCAGGAGAAUGCAAUUGAAAAUUUAAAGGAGCAGGAGAAUGCGAUCGAAGAUGUGAACGAGCAGGAGACGAAAAUUGGUCGUAUGCUAAAAAAUCCUGAGCUUGCAGGCAGAGACGGACGUAGUAGGACAUUUAUGAGGGACCCAAAAUUUAUACGUGGCAUUGCACAGACGAUCUUUGUGAAUUUCAUCGACGUCUGCGAAUCGGUGCAUAGGCAGCCAGAGCAUGUUAUGGAUUACUUAUUUAGCGAGAUCGGGGCAACUGGAUUCUUGGAUGAACAACAGAGGCUGGUUAUUAGAAGAAGGGAGAUAAGGUUUGGCGGCGACGAUGAUAUCUUAGCUACUUUAAGAAAUUAUGUAAAUAGAUACGUCAGAUGCCUGUGCAAGAAUCUUGAUACUAUUCUAUCCAAACAGGACAGCAUCUUUUUUUGA